GAGAAAUAUCCACACUUCCGGAUACGAACGUAGCGAUACUCAUCGUGACUCAUGUCCGAAUCUUUUAUGAUUCCUCUCACCUCAAACGGGAUUUAUAACAGUACAUUACAUAUGCGAGUCUUACGAAACUUAAUUUAACUUUUGGGUGCGUAACGUUAGUAGAAAGUCGACGUUCGCAGCUCUCACUGGAGGAUUGUUUCACUCUUUUCCCGGUUGAGUGACAAAAGACAUCUCGUGGUAGGAACACGCGCCACCAAGAUGGAUAAAGAAACGGGGCUUUUUCACUUUUUGAUGCUAGUCAUUUCUCUUGUGGUGCUCUGUGAGAGCCGUGUGGUUAAGGUUCCAACUGGACCGCUGAUGCAUGUAGAAGGACAAGCGGUCUCCAUUCACUGUGAUGUGUCUGACUACGAGGGGCCAAGUGAUCAGGAUUUUGACUGGUCUAUGGUGCUUUCUGGUGACAAGCUGGUCAACAUCAUCUCCACCACCUUUGACAGUGGAUUCACAGACUCUUCGGUGAAGGAUCGGGUCAACAGUGGUGACAUCAGUAUUAAUAAGCUUGGGCAUUCUUCUGUGGAGCUGAGAUUCAAGAAGGUUAGAGCAACAGAUAGUGGCUUGUAUCGCUGCUCCACCCCUAGCACUGAUUCGGUCGUCAGUGGGAACUACGAUGCUGAUGUUGAGCUCAAAGUGAUUGGGGACAGUCUGAAGGUGGCUACGGCCGUUUCGAAAUCAGUGGUGAAUGAAGGAGAAUCAGUGCAGCUUCAAUGCAGCAUCACCCGAGGGUUCACAGAGCAUACUUUCCUCUCAGUUACUUGGUCUAUCAGGAGAGGGAAUAACCCAUUCGAGGAAAUCUUAACAUUUGGACCAGAUGAUGAAAUCAAAGUAGAGAGCAACUACUCUCAGCUUUAUGCAGAUGGUGGAUUUCAGUUGGAUCUUCGUGGUGGUGGCUUUUAUGGACUGGUCCUGACCAAUCCAAAGCCUAUGGAAGUGGGGGUAUAUGUGUGUACAGCCCGAGAGUGGGUGCGACAGGGUGAAGAAGGAAAAAAGUGGCGAAAGAUACUGGAGAGGACUGAAGAAGUGGGAAAGGUCGUAGUAACGCCUAUAGCCCAGUCUUUGAUGGUUGCCGUGGAGAAGAACACCACCCUUAAUGUGGGGGACACAUUGAAUCUGACUUGCACAGUGGCUGCUAAUGUCCUCCCCUCUCUGAGCCUGGAGUUAAUGUGGCUAGUCAGAUCAAUUGAUGGCUCAGGCAGCCCUCGAGUUCUCAUCCAUAUAGGGCGUGAUGGGCUCUUGCAGAACGGGUCUGAGGCCGUGGGUUUCAGCAAAGUAAAUGCAAGAACCUUUCGACUGCUUGUCCAUAAGGUUGACCGCUCUGAUUCUGGAUUAUAUUCCUGCCGUGUCAAGGCCUGGCUUCAACAGGGCAGGGAAAAAUGGUACCAGGCAGCAGAGAAAACAUCUGACACAGUGCAAGUUCUGGUGACUCAUUUAGAGCCACAGUUUAAAGUGACCCUAGAAGCCCCUCUGACCCCUCAGUUCACCAGUGAUCCCACUGAAUUGCGCUGUCAGGUGACGAACCUCCUUCAUCUCCAAGAUGGCCUCCUAGGUGUGACCUGGUCUUACUCCAACACAACUAAAGAUGCAUCUCAGAACGAAGUCAUAAUAGCCUCCCUAAAUCAGCACGGAGCUUUAACUACAGGCAGGCAGUACAAGGAGAGGCUGGAGAGAGGGGACAUAGCAGUGACCAAGAGAGAUCCCAACAUCUUCAUUUUGCGAAUGCUGCAGACUAGAGAUACUGACAUGGGCUCUUAUUUGUGCUCCGUAACUGCAUGGACUUCCGGCCGGCAAGGUGGAUGGGAGAAAGCAAAGGAUGUCCCGUCGACUUCAGUGGUUGUUCAGUGGUCACCAAAGGUGCCGGUUUUGCAAGUGUUAGCACAUCGUGUAAGAGAAGCCUCCACUGGUGGAUCCACUUUUGAGAUGACCUGCCGUGUGACCGCUCAGAACCUGCAGAAUCCUGCUUACUCUGUACUUAUCCUUUUCGAGGAGACUCGGGGUGGAAAAUCACGCAAAGUCUUAUCGCUUAGUUCGGACUCAGUCUUACAGUUGGAGGAGUGGAGUGAGCCAAACAGGAUGGACAGCGUGGUUCUGGAGAAGACCGGGCAGCUUGAGUACCGAUUCCGUUUGUAUGGAGCCCAAGUCUCGGAUUGUGGGUUCUACUAUUGCAGAGUCACUGCCUGGAUGAGUGAUCAGGGUACAGAUUGGAAUCAAGCUGUCAAUGAGUCCAACAAGAUUGAGAUUGCUUUUGCAGACACAGGUCCAGUAUUUAACAUAUCCAUUCAAUCACAUACCAGCAAGGUGUUACCUGGGGACACAGUCAAAAUGAAAUGCAUUAUGUCCACAUUGAGUGCUGCUCCAAACACUGGUGAUGUGGCGUUCGACAUACGCUGGUUCCAGAGUUCAGAAAGAGCUGUAGAUAAUGGAGGUGUGCUGCCUCUUAUAAGCAUGGAUCGCUGGGGAGUGGUGAAGAAGACUGGUGGUGACAGAACUCAGUGCAGUUUGGAACGUACUGACUGGCAGACAUUUGUCCUUGGUGUACAUAAAACCGAGGACAACGAUGUGGGAGAAUACUAUUGCACUGCCACACCCUGGUUACUGUCUCCUGCAACUGGAGUGUGGACCAAGGGCCAGGACCUCAAGUCUGCCCCUGUUUUUCUCUCUAUUAAACUAGAAUUGUUGGAUUCUUUGAAGAUGCCUGUGAGUUAUGGUGUAGCUGCUGCUGUGAUCGCUUGUCUCCUCUCAGUGCUGCUGGGUCUUGGUGUUUCCCACUGCUGUUUCUCCAAAAACCCCAUGCACACACCCCGACCCCGCAACAAGCUUAUAGACCUAGAGAUGGAUUAAACCCAUUCCGUUUCCUACUGCUGUAACCAAGCCUGCCCAAAACCACUUUAACCAACUUGUAUUAGGCUACGGGAGAGAAUGCAUUGAUGUGGAUAUGAACAUUUAACAUGAGACGAGAACGUGUUUGAUUAUAAUUACUUUGAGGAUUUGGCCACUGUAACUCAGACUGGUUAAAGCUACUCUCUCCUAGGAAUCGAGCACUGACAGCCCUGUCCAUGGUUUUUCCUCCCACCAUGUAAAAAAUUCUGACGGCUAAGUGAUUAUUCAAAGAGCUUCAGAAUUGCGUUGACAUUGACAUCCAUCAUGGACUUUCUAAUGAAAGAGCCAAGAAUUUCAACUGAAAUAUUUUAUGCUGACUUUUAAACUGCUGUCAUCCGAGAGGCUUGGAUUGGCUUGUCAUGUCCACUGUGUCUCCGUCUCCUCUCUGAGAGAGAUAUGACUCUAACAGUGGAGCAUUUCAAAAGGCUGACAUUGCCUCCCAGUCGCAACGAGUCAAGUGUUAUUCGGGCUAAAGGAAAGGGGAAAAUGUAUGUGUUGGCAGGUGGGUGCUCACUUCAAGACCACCGCUUUCUUCUGGGAUCCCGAAAUGACUGCUCACAGCACAGUACUCUCAGACAACAGACGCAAAAGGCUGUCAAUCUGGCUUUGGCUUUGAGCGGCUGGUUAGAGUUAUUUUUAAAGCCCUGAUAACUAAUAUUUGUUGUUGACAUUAACUCCUCACCCCAAACAAUAAGAAACAUACAUACAGGUUUUGUAUUCGAUUUCUGAUUCCCAUCGUAGCUCAGACACUAAUCCACAUUCACAUGGUUUUGUGCUGAUACUACUGCUUUUUAACGCACUAUGAGGUCGGCUAUGUUUUUUCCGAUCGACAGCUGUUGGUAAUAAAUUACAUUGUUUUUUAUGGAAAAAAAUAAUAGCUAUUUUUAUACACUGAAUGCUAAGCAGAUAUUUAUUUUAUUAUCAUGGUCUUGGAUGUAUCAAUGAAUAACCACAGCAUUAAUUUUGAUCAAUUAUUUUUUAGCAGUGUCCGAUUAAAAAAACAUUUGGUAAUAGAGGUUCCACUUUUACUUUUCAUUUCGCUUUCAGGAAUUUAACCCUUUAAAUACAUCUAUUAUUUCCUCGAGCUGAAGAUCAAAGCAGUCCUGAGGGGCUUUUGAACUUCAAAAUCAAGCCUUUUAUCUCUGUACGAAUACAAUAACAAAUAAAAAACAAUGCAAACAAAUAAUGAAAAAGCAUGUUUGAAUGAUAAAAAACCAUCAAAGCUUAUUUCAGAGAAGCAUUAGUUUAUGCUUGAAUAAAAAAUAUUAAUUGAAGGGAUACUCCACACAAAAAUGAAAAUUCUGUCAUCAUUUACUCUCCCUCAAGUUGUUCCAAACCUGUAUACAUGUCUUUGUUCUGUUGAACACAAUUAAAAUCAUUAAUGGAGUCAUAUGACACGGCUAAAACGAACAUUGUCGUUUGUUUUCGAUGUAAUGCAAUGUGUAUACACGAUUUAAGGUUAAAAACGCCGUAUUUUCCACAUAACAUGCAUGUUUGUAUCUCUGCUCCGCCUCUCUGAAACGCACAGAUUUUUUCAAAGCUCAUGGCUCUGAAAAGCGAGGUGUGCUAUGAUUGGCCGGUUAACCACUGCGUAGUGAUUGGUGGAAUACUGCAAGCGUGUGACGGAAAUGUAACGCCUCUUACCAUAUUUGGAACAUCAGGUUCCUCUUCAAUUGUACUGACAGAUACGCCCACCUUACUUGAGUAUACAUUUGAGCGGUCUUAGUCAAAUCAGACCACCAACUGACGUAGAUUUGUGGGGGUGUGGUUACAGGAGGCGUUUCAGGCAGGUCUGGGUGAGCAUUCGCUUUUACAUAGAAUGCAUCUUUUGUUCUCACACUUUAUUUUUGCAAUUUUACGUGUCUAAUACAUGCAUGGGCAACUUAUAACGCACCAAAGACAGACAAACACGUGUUCGCGCCAUAUGACCCCUUUAAGAAAAAUCUUAGCAACUGACAUCAUACCAUAGUAGGAAACAAUUAUUGUAUUUUUUGUUUGUUUUGUUGAACAGACUUGCUUGAAAUGAAAUAAAAUGCCCUAAGCCAGAUUGACUGCAGUUACCUCAGAGCUGACCAUGGCACAUACAAAUUAAAGGAAAGCCAUCCAUAUUAUUGGAAAGGGCAGGGGUUAUCACGGGAAUAAAUUCAGGUGAUUAUACAGUAAUAAAAAGGGCCUGUUUAAGUAGUUGACCAAGAGACGAGCCACUAUGUAAAGAUGAUUCAUGCUGGUGAUACAAUUCUGUCAGGAUAUUAUAUAUUGUGGGACAAAAGAGAAAGGUGUCUGUGUUUGUAUUUGUCAUUUAUUUUCUUAUGAGUCCUUUGUGCUUCGCGGUUGUGAUGUUAUUGGUGCGCUGGCGCGAUCUCUACACAGUCUGCAUGAGGUCUGAGACGAGAGAUGUAUGUGUUGUAGUCGUUCUGUUUAAAAGUGUUACAAAAUUAUGAAAAAAUCAUUAAUUGAUCGAUCCUUGUUUUGUCAAAUGUGUAAAUAUGUUAUAUGAACUGGGGCCCGUUUCAGAAAGGAGGUUUAGUGAAAACUCUGAGUAUAUUAACCCUGAAAUGAGGGAAACUCUGGGUUUUCCGUUUCAGAAUGUGAGGUAUGUCAAACCUGAGAAAGCGGGGUAACUCAAGCCCGUUUCUAAAGGAGAGGUAUCUUAUACUCGGAGUCAGUAACCAUAGUAACUUACUCUGUGAACCUAACCUGGUCGGGAGCAGGUUUUCUUUGGUAAACCCAGAGUUUAUUUCGAUCUCCUCCCCCUUUUAAAGCGCAAGUGGUGUAACUCAUCCAUUCAUUCAUUAAUACAGUCAUUCAUGGCACACAUUUUGAUUACACAGAGACCAUCUCAGUGACUUAUACUGUAUGUCAUAUGUGCUUUUUUAGAGGAUUCAUGAAGAGGCUGCAUUUAUUCAUUGGAAUGUACUUUGAUUUCAGGAGAGCACCGAGUGGAAUUUUGUCAUUUCCCUGUGCAUUUUUAUUAAAACUACCGUUUUUCUUUACAGUGAAUUAGAUGUAUCAAAAUAUAUCUCAUCCAUCCUUACACAUAAAUAAAGUGCAUGAAUAAAGAAAUGAAUAAAUACAGACAUACAUGCAGAAAUGAAGCGAUAAAGGUAAUAAACAAGUAAAUUUGACAUGCUGCCAUUCCAAGUGAAAUCUGUUCAGAGCAGGAUUCGAACCGGUGAUCAGUCUAACUUUGCACGAGAGUCUGACGCCCUACAGGUGUCCUAUACACCAUGACGUCUUACUUGCGUAACUAGAGCACUCAUGGCGAGUGAGAACAUACUAUUUUUUUUAUUAUUUCUGUUGUUUCAUUCAUUUAAUGAUUAAUUUAUUUGUUUAUUGGUAUCAAUUUAUUAAUUUAAACUUAAGUCAUUUUCAGGACAUCAGUAAAUCGAGCGGAAAGUGUGCCUCACUCUCAUGUGCUUUCUGCCGCCAUGUUGCUUUUUUUGGUGCUGUUGCCAUGGUGAAUCGUGCUAUCUUCGCUCAAUUGAUGAUGGCUUUUUAAAUCAAUGGUGCACGCGCGUAACCUAGAGUGAACUUACUCAGAGUGGAUUGAACUAAUUGAAAUCACCUGUUCUGAAACCGAAAACUCAGAGUUGCGAUUCUCUGAGUAAAUCAACUCAGAGUUCACAUUUUAACUCGGUGUUGGUUGAACCUCCUUAUUGAAACAGGCCCCUGGUUAUCUUCCAUCUGAUGUGCAUUUUUGAUAUUACCUAUUAGCCUAUAUUGAUUUGCAAUGUAAUUGCAUUUUUUUUUGCCUUAGAUGGAAUUAUUGUGUCUAUGGAUGUGUAUACAAAUAUAUACAUGGUGUAUUAUGUACUCUUUCUAUUGUGAAAAGUGAAGCUGUUUAGUUUGUUGCUCCUCAGUCCGUGUGAGGUCUGAGAUGACAGUGUAGGAGCAGUGGCGGCUGGCCUAUAGAGGGCGAUAGGGUGCCGACCUCCCUGCACUACACACACAAAAUAACAAUAAAAUACUUUAUAAAAAUUUAUAUUUAUGAUAUGAUAUUUGAUGGAAAAUCAUGUGUGCGAAAUAUAUGCUUCUACUACA